AUGCUGCUGCUGCUCACCCUGGCCCUGCUCAUGCCCCGUGAUGCUGCAUCCAGGGAGUGUGACCUGCAGGGCCUGUGGAGAAAUGAGCUGGGCUCCAAUAUGACCAUCUUGGCCAUGAACACAGCUGGGACCUUCUCAGGCUCCUACCACACUGCAGUGGCAGCCACCAACAAGCAGAUCCUGGUGUCACCCUUACAAGGGGUCCAGCAGCAUCCCAGUGCCAAGAGAUGCUCCAUGUUCAGCUUCAUCGUGCAGUGGCAGUUCUCAGACUCCACCACUGCCUUUGUGGGCCAGUGCUUUGUGGAUCACCAUGGGAAAGAGACACUGGAGACCAUGUGGCUCCUGCAGGAAGAGGUCCUGUCACACAAGGACACCUGGAAAGCCACAAGGGUCGGCACUUCCACCUUCACCCGCAUCAAGUGA